GACGAUGACAGCCAAUUAGAACGCGGCAAGUCAGACAAAUUCAAUUUCGGGAGGUGGGGAGCGUGAUUUCUGAAGUCUUUCUAGUUUGUAUGAAGCCACAAGCCAAAGAUCAGUUUAACUUCACUUCAGGAAUGAUCAAGCGCUACGGAGAUUUCUAAUAAUAGACCCAUGUGAUUAUAUUCAUCAGUUACUAGCUUAAAGGGAGAAGUCUCACUCGUUACACGGUUAGCAUCCCAUUGGAAAACCUGACAAUGAGAAAGAUAGCGCUGCUGCUAAUUGUCUUGCUUGGCGUUGCCCACUUUGCCACUGUUAUCCAAUGUGAAGAAGAUGAUGUAGCAGAAGUCGAUGAGGUUGAUGACAGUGACGAUGAAGAGGAUGAAGAUGAUGGAACAGAGGUGAAGGAUGAGAACGGAGUGUUGGUCCUGACCGACAACAACUUUGACACGUUCAUGGAGGGCAAGGACACUGUGCUGGUAGAGUUCUAUGCCCCAUGGUGUGGCCACUGUAAGCAGUUUGCUUCUGAGUAUGAGAAGAUCGCCCAGAGUCUGAAAGAGAAUGACCCCCCUAUCCCUGUGGCCAAGGUGGAUGCGACGAAGUCCAGUUCCUUAGCAAGUAGAUUUGAGGUGUCGGGAUAUCCCACCUUCAAGAUCAUGAAGAAGGGGGAGCCUGUGGAGUAUGAUGGUGCCAAGAAUGAGCAGGCCAUUGUGGCUCAAGUGAAGGAGGUGGCCCAGCCAGACUGGAAGCCCCCUCCUGAGGCAACCCUGGUGCUGACCAAGGACAGCUUUGACGAUGUGGUCAACAACGCUGACAUCAUCCUGGUGGAGUUCUACGCCCCAUGGUGUGGCCACUGUAAGCAGCUGGCUCCAGAGUAUGAGAAGGCAGCCAAGGACCUGAGCCAGCGCUCUCCUCCCAUCCCCCUGGCCAAGGUAGACGCCACCCAGGAGAAGGACAUUGCCAUCCGUUUCGGGGUGUCGGGGUACCCCACCCUCAAGAUCUUCAGGAAGGGGAAGGCCUUCGACUACAACGGACCCAGAGAGAAGAGUGGAAUUGUUGACUAUAUGAGCGAGCAGGCAGGGCCUCCCUCCAAGCAGGUGCAGAUGGUGAAACAGGUGUCAGAGUUUAUCAAAGAUGGUGACGAUGCUGUCAUAGUGGGUGUGUUUUCCUCGGAGCAGGAUACGACCUACGACCUCUACCUAGAGGCCUGUCAUGUUCUUAGAGAGGACUUCAAGUUCCUCCAUACCUUCAGUUCAGACUUGGCCAAGCUCCUCAAUGCCUCCCCCGGCCAGGUCGUUAUGGUGCAGCCUGAGAAGUUCAGGUCCAAGUAUGAGAAAGCUUCACACACGCUCACCAUCAAAGACUCCACAGAGGUGUCUGAGGUGCAGGACUUUUUUAAGAAACACAUCCUGCCACUGGUGGGUCACAGGAAACAGAGCAACGAUGCUAAACGCUACACUAAGAGACCGCUGGUCGUUGUCUACUACGGUGUGGACUUCGGCUUCGACUUCAGGAAAGCCACCCAAUUCUGGAGGAGCAAGGUUCUGGAGGUGGCCAAGGAUUUCCCGGAAUACACCUUUGCAAUCGCUGACGAGGAGGACUAUUCAGAUGAGCUGAAGAGCCUGGGGCUCAGCGACAGCGGGGAGGAAGUCAAUGUGGGGAUUCUGGCAGAUGGUGGCAAGAAGUUUGCCAUGGAGCCUGAGGAGUUUGACUCUGAGGUGCUGAGGGAAUUCAUCAUGGCCUUUAAGAAAGGCAAACUGAAGCCCGUCAUCAAAUCCCAGCCGGUGCCCAAGAACAACAAAGGCCCUGUGAAGGUAGUGGUUGGAAAGACCUUUGACGACAUUGUCAUGGAUACCAAGAAAGACGUCCUGAUCGAGUUCUACGCCCCGUGGUGCGGUCACUGCAAGAAGCUGGACCCUGACUACACCGCCCUAGGCAAAAAAUACAAGAACGAGAAGAACCUGGUCAUUGCCAAAAUGGAUGCCACGGCUAAUGACGUGCCUCACGACAGCUAUAAAACAGAGGGCUUCCCUACCAUCUACUUUGCACCUAGCAACAGCAAGCAGAGCCCAAUCAAAUUUGAGGGUGGGGAUAGAACCAUAGAAGGAUUUAGUAAGUUCUUGGAACAGCACGCCACACAGUUAUCACAGAGCAAAGAUGAACUUUAAUCUCUUUCUGAGUAGCUAAGAACUUUAACCAUGCCAGUGUAGAGACUACACAUUCCAGGUGCCCUGGAGGAGCCGAGGGCAGACUGUCAAUUCCAAAUCAACCCUUCCUAGCCCCUACACCCUAGCCACCUAUGUGCAAGAUGGCGCUACCACCAUAUGUAUCCAACCAUCUCAGAUCUCCACUAGGGCCUAGUGUUUAGGGGGUCGGAGUUGAUUUUAGUGUCCCCACAGAGGGCUGUUACUGAGUUUCUCUAAUGUACCACAUGUAAAAUCUUUCUGUUCAAAUCAAGAGAUUCUGCUUUUGUUUUCCAUGUCUGAAAGCAUGUAAGCACUGAGUUCUAAGCGUUUUCAAAUAAAACAUGAACUGUG